GGUGGAUGUACGGCAAGCUGCGAGGUAUAAGUGUCGUACACAAGGAAAGCCAGCUUCAUUGCCAACAUGAAGGUCCUCCUGUUUUUUGGAUUGGUGGCUUUUGCCCUCGCUGACGUCACUCGCUUUGAGGGUGAUAAAGUUCUGCGUCUGAAGCCUGUCCUUAAUGAACAUGUGAAAGUCAUUAGGGAACUGGCUAACAGUGUUCAGCUCGACUUUUGGACCCCAGAAAGUGCUGAGCAGGUGACUGUGGGCAUGAGCGUGGACAUCCGUGUGCCUGCUCAGUACCUGGACAUGGUGUUCACCGUCCUGCAGCAGAGCGGCAUGCAGCUAGAGGUCUUUAUUGAUGAUGUUCAGGAGGCUGUUGAUCGCCAGAUUGAAAACAAGGGUUCUCCCAGAGCCCACAGCUACACCAAGUACAACACCUGGAGCGAUAUUGAGUCAUGGAUGAACUCAAUGGCUACUGCCAAUUCUGAUAUGAUCAGCAAGGAGGUGAUUGGAAACACCUAUGAGGGACUGUCAUUUUAUUUAACAAUUUUAAAAAGAAAAAGAAAACUUUUAUACAUGGUUUUCUAUGUGAUUGCAGCCACUGGAGCUUCCACCAACCCCUGCAGCGAAACUUACUGUGGCACCGCUCCUGAAUCUGAAAUUGAAUCCAAGAAUCUUGCUGACUUCAUCCGCAAAAAUAAAUCCAUCAUCAAGGCCUACAUCACUAUCCACUCCUAUUCUCAGAUGCUGCUCUUCCCCUACUCCUACACCUAUGAGUUAGCUGCAGACCAUGACGAGCUGUUGGCAGUUGCUAAGGGAGCUUCUUCUGCUCUGCGUAGCCUGUAUGGCACAGUCUACACCAGCGGCCCCGGUGCUCCAACUAUCUACCCCGCUGCUGGAGGCUCUGAUGACUGGGCCUACGACCUGGGAGUGAAAUAUUCCUACACCUUCGAGUUGCGUGACGAGGGUCAAUAUGGCUUCCUGCUGCCCGAGUCUCAGAUCAAGCCCACAUGCGAGGAGACCAUGCUGGCCGUCAAGUACAUUGCGGCCCACGUGCAGAAGAACCUCUAUUAAAAUGCGGAACUGCCAGGACCCCUGCCAACUCGGCUCCUCUGUACCAGCCCCCAGCCCCUCCAACCUCUCAGCCAUCUCCUGCCCGUAUCCAUGGAUACAGGGCACCACCCGCCAUGUUUCCUCACUGUGCUUGACAGAAUGUCAAGAUGAGUGCAAACAAUAAAAUCAAUGAUCCAUCCCCACACGCUGAA